GCCCAGAAAGACGGUGAGUUGUUCAUCAGCCGCACUUUGAUAUAUCCGCCUGCUCCUACUACCUCUUAAGUCCUAUACGGACUAUUCGAGGCUGCCUCCUCAUCUCUCUUUCUUCAUCCCCCCAUAAUUAUAACAACAAACUUCCCUCUCUCUCUCACAUUUCCUUUCAUUUGAUUUCUCUCUCUUCAGAUCUCUCUCUCCUCUUUCUCACAUUCCCAAAAUGCAGGCCUCGCUCUCUCUCCCUACCCUCUCUCCCACCAUUCCCAGAUCAAACUACGUCGUUCAAUCAAAGCCUAUCAAUCUCCGCUUCUGCGGCCUCAGAAGAGAGGCCCUCGGCUUCUCGUCUCUCAGCCACUCCGAUUCGCACCAAGUACGAGUCUCUGCUCCUUUGCGUUCUGCAACCGUCUCGGUCUCGGCCUCGUCAUCCGCUAAUGGAAGCCCUCCCAAGUCGUUCGACUACGACUUGCUCAUCAUCGGCGCCGGCGUCGGUGGCCACGGUGCUGCUCUCCACGCCGUCGAGAAGGGUCUGAAAACUGCCAUCGUAGAAGGAGAUGUGGUGGGUGGAACAUGUGUUAACAGAGGAUGCGUUCCGUCUAAAGCUCUUUUGGCAGUGAGUGGUCGGAUGCGUGAGCUUCAGAAUGAACAUCACCUUAAGGCUUUAGGUUUGCAGGUUUCAGCAGCUGGGUAUGACAGACAGGGAGUAGCUGAUCAUGCGAAUAAUCUAGCAACAAAAAUUCGUAAUAGUUUGACCAAUUCAAUGAAUUCUCUUGGAGUGGAUAUACUGACAGGUGUUGGUACAAUUCUGGGCCCGCAAAAGGUGCAAAUUGGAUCUUCUGACAAAGUAGUAACUGCAAAAAACAUAAUCAUCGCCACUGGCUCUGUUCCUUUUGUUCCUAAGGGUGUUGAAGUCGAUGGGAAGACUGUAAUUACAAGUGACCAUGCCCUUAAAUUGGAGUUUGUUCCAGAGUGGAUUGCUAUUGUUGGAAGUGGUUACAUUGGUCUUGAGUUCAGUGAUGUGUAUACUGCACUUGGGAGUGAGGUUACUUUUAUUGAAGCUUUAGAUCAGCUUAUGCCUGGUUUUGAUCCAGAGAUCGGGAAGUUAGCCCAGAGGGUUCUAAUAAAUCCACGAAAGAUUGAUUAUCAAACUGGAGUGUUUGCAUCGAAGAUCACACCAGCAAAGGAUGGGAAACCAGUCACCAUUGAACUAAUUGAUGCCAAGACCAAGGAACCAAAAGAUACUCUUGAGGUAGAUGCAGCAUUAAUUGCAACUGGAAGGGCCCCAUUCACACAAGGUCUUGGAUUGGAGAAUAUUGAUGUAGUAACACAACGUGGUUUUAUUCCUGUUGAUGAGCGCAUGCGAGUAAUAGAUGCAAAUGGCAACUUGGUUCCUCACCUAUUUUGCAUUGGUGAUGCUAAUGGCAAGAUGAUGCUUGCUCAUGCAGCCAGUGCCCAAGGAAUUUCAGUGGUUGAACAAGUCACGGGAAGAGACCAUGUACUCAAUCAUUUAAGCAUCCCCGCAGCAUGUUUCACUCAUCCCGAAAUCAGUAUGGUCGGAUUGACAGAGCCUCAAGCAAGGGAGAAAGCUGAAAAGGAGGGAUUUGAAGUAAGUAUUGCCAAGACAAGUUUCAAGGCCAACACAAAGGCCCUAGCAGAAAAUGAAGGAGAGGGACUUGCUAAGUUGAUAUACAGACCAGAUAACGGAGAGAUACUUGGAGUCCAUAUAUUUGGGUUACAUGCUGCAGACCUCAUACAUGAAGCAUCAAAUGCAAUAGCAUUGGGGACACGUAUUCAAGAUAUCAAAUUCGCAGUCCAUGCGCAUCCAACUUUGUCUGAAGUGCUAGAUGAACUUUUCAAGUCAGCAAAGGUUAAAGAGCAUGUUUCUAGCCCAGUAAGUGAACCAGUUGCAGUCUAAGCUUCUCAAUACUCGAGUAUAAAUUUUGAAGAUAUUUGCUUGUAAUAGGGAGUUUCAGGAAGUUUUGUAUCACAAGACAAAAGAGAUCAUCAACACCAGGAGAAAAGAAGCAACUUAAGGGAAUCAAGGACGACUUGGCCCAAAAUAUUUUUCGCCUUUGUAUCUUGGCUUUUUAGUUUUUAUAAUGGCUUAUGGUA